AGAAGAAUGUGCAAACUUUAUCAGGCAGGUGUGGCUCUGCUGUGGCUGCUGUGGGAAUAAACCCUCUAACCUCUGCUUUUAACAUUGGACGUUGUUACAUUACAUGUCAGCCACACUGUCACAGGACACACAUUGCACAGCUGCAGUAGGACACGAUGGAGUCGUCAGUGGUGAACCUGUACAACCAGUUCCAGAGUCUGAGGGCCCAGAUGGACUGUCUGAAUGAGGGCAUUGAACCACAGUUCCUUCAGAUGGCACUGAACUUUGAGGAGUGCCGUAAGAAGUGGCUGCGGACAGAUGACGAGCUGGUUUCCUGUAAAGAGGUGCUGGCUAAAGCAGAGACUGAAAGGGGAGCCCUAGAGGUCAAACUAAAGCAUGCUCGCAACCAGGUGGAUGUGGAGAUCCGCCGUCGACAGAAGGCUGAGGCAGUCUAUGAGAAGCUGGAACGUCAGCUGCAGCUGAUCCGGGAGCUGCUGAUAUCAGAGAGCAACAGUAAUAGUAUUCACCUGAGUGAGGAGCAGCGCUCCGCCCUGGCCUUCCUCAGUGCCCACUCCCAGGCAGCACAGGCUGCUAAGGGCAACCUCAACUCCAGUCGAAGGUUAACUACCAUCGAUGAAUCGGCUUCUUUGCUGUCAGACAUCAGCUAUGACCAAACAGAUGACUCUCUGGACUGGGAUUCCUCUGCAGUGAAGACUGUGAGACUGCGGAAACGCCCAAAACGACGUUCCUCCAGGAAACUCUCUGAGAUUCCUCCACAGGCAAUGAAGAAACCACGCUCCACUGGGCGUGCAUCAGAUAGGAUGAAUGAGUCCAUAGUGGCCAAAACCACCAUCACCCUGCCGGUGAAUGGAGGUGCUGUUGAGGCUGUCUCCACCAUUGAAACUGUGCCUUACUGGACACGCAGCAGAAAGAGCGUCGCUCCAGCAUGGGCUGAUACAACCACUACAGACCAAUCUGAGACCGCCAGUGAGGCUCCCAGCACACCAGUAUCAGAUUUCCCAGCCAAGCGCCGAACUGUCAGAGCUGACAAAGGAGGAAAGAAGCACCACUUCAUCCCCAAAACAGUUAUCAAGUCUGAGGUCUGUGUACCAUGUGGAAGAAGAACAAAGUUUGGCAAGUUGUACCUUCGCUGCCAGGACUGCAGGAUUGUGACCCAUCCAGAGUGUCGUGACUGCUGUCCCCUGCCCUGUAAUCCCACAGCUGUUAGCACUCCUAUCAAGAAUGCAGAGACCACCCUGGCAGACUUUGCUCCAGUCACCUCCCCAAUGAUCCCAGCUUUGGUUAUCUACUGCAUUAAGGAGAUUGAACACAGAGGCCUACACGAGGUUGGCCUGUACAGAGUCUCUGGCCAGGAGCGCAUGGUGAAAGAGCUGAAGGAGAAGCUGAUUAGAGGAAAGACUCUGCCUCCACUUCACAAAGUGGACGACAUUAACGUCAUUACCGGUGUCCUCAAAGACUUCUUCAGAAACCUCCCAGAGCCACUGCUCACCUUCCACCUCAACAAAGUGUUCAUGGAAGCAGCUGAAAUCCCGGAUGAUGGCAACAGUCUCGCCAUGCUGUAUCAGGCCAUCAGUGAGCUGCCUCAACCCAACCGAGACACUCUGGCAUGCCUGAUGAUCCAUCUGCAAAAGGUCUCAGAGUGUGUAGAUACCAAGAUGGAUAUGACCAACCUGGCGAGGGUGUUUGGCCCCACUCUUGUAGGUCAUGCUGUCCCUGACCCAGACCCUAUGACCAUCCUGCAUGACACAAACAGACAACCAAGGAUUAUAGAGCGCCUGCUCAGUAUUCCAGCAAACUACUGGGGCCAGUUUGCUUAUCCAGAUAAUGUAGGCAUGGAUGGUGUUCACAACACUGAUACUCCAGACUUCCAAGUGAGCAUACUGGGACCAGUGACCACUCCAGAGCACCAGAUGAUGUCCAAAACACCCUCCUCCAGCUCUCUGUCCCAGCGCAUGAAGCAGACCCUCUCCAGCACCACCAUAUUUGGGAACAAGAGCAAAGCAUCAGCUGCCUCUAACCGCCAGUGCAACUUCUUCGCCUCUCCACAACUGAAGUAAUGGCAGAGAAGAGAAAAAUUCACACAUACUGUAUGUCUGAGUUACUUACUGCAAUAACUAAAUAUAUAUAUACACAUAAUCAAGUGGGAAAACUACUGUGCAAUUUUAGCAUGUAACAGUUUAUCACUGAGUUUUUUUUAUUAUUGAAGUAUUUUAUACAAGACUUUCUAACAACAGUUUUUCUUUGGAAAAGAUUCCUGCAUGAGUGUUUGAGUUUGUUUUUAUAUCUUUGAUUACUAAUGAUUUAUUACUGACCAAAACUGUUGUGACAUCUAUGUGAUUGUAAAUGGUUUGAGGGCUUUGAACAAGCAACUACUCUAAACCAAUUCAAGGAUCAUUCUUCAGCUCUGUGUUUAACGCUUGGGUUUAAUGUUUAAAAGCUAUGCAUUCACUGGUGUUGGUCCAUCUUUGAACCUGUGGUUGUAACCACAGCAACAGGGAUGCUCAAGCACUGUGAAAUACACAGCUGUAUCGGAUAAAGAUGAAAGAAAUGUUGUAUAGUAUCGGCCAGUGUCUCUUUGUCUUUAGCGUUGGUUGCUUUGUCUCUGCCCUGAAACUGGCAUCUUUUAUGAUUUUAUAUUUUGUUUUAUAUUUAUGUUGAUUAUGUGCUACGACGUAUACGAAUCAUGACAAUUUAUAUGAUCGAUACUGCCAUGUAAACACUGAUACUGAAUGGGAAUAAUGUUGCAUUUUGCACUGUAUAACAAUCGGUAUUCUACCUGGGAAUAUGUGCCACUAGAGGCUGCUGUUGCACCACUUUUGAUAUGCAAGCCAUAACCAAUGAAGAUGAGACUGUUUAUUAUGCACAGAACCAGUCAGUAUUACUGACACUCAUUGCAAUCAUCAGAUCACUGGAAAUGCUUAAAGUUAUUUCUGUGACCAAUUACAGUUCUGUCAGUAUUUUCUCUCUCAUAAGCCAGAGAGUUGGGACUCACAUCUGUACACUCAUCACAGAUAAAAUCUGGAGCUUCUUUAUGAAUGUGAAAAUUUAUUUGCAUGCACACACACUAUUAUAGGUUAUUGUAUCCACAGUAGCUUUCUUGUACAGUGAACAGUCACCAUCACCAGAAAUACACAAGACAUGACACUCCCUCUGAGGAAAAUUCCUCUCUGCUGCUUUCAUUGUCACCUUUUCACAAGCUCCAAAAUUUGGUGUGAUGACUACUGAUAACAUUACUGGUUCAUGUGUUAGAGAAGAAAUGUUGACUAAAGCUAACUCACAGUAUAUAGUCAUUAAAACCAAAUCUAACCAUGUUUUGCCUGCCAACUAAGAAAUGUGCAUUGUUUGAGGUUGUAAGACUCAUCGUGUUUUAUACAUUUUGUGCAUUUAUUCCAUUAUAUGGUUCUAUUUCUCUGAUGAAAUACUGUCUAACUAAUGUUACUUUAGCCAAAGAUUUUGUGGACUGAAUGUUAACCCUCAUAUUUCUUUGUCUUAGCUCAUAUAAGAUCACACAAAAGUCCACAGCUGAGCUAAAAAUAAAACAUCAAAAGACUG